AUGAGAGAACAAGUGAAGUGUACUCUUGAGAAUGUAUUGAUAGAAUCACAUCUGUGGUACAAUAAAAAUCACAGCCAUUAUGUGAAAAUCACAAACACAAUUGUGGGUGCAAAUUUUGUCUCUUUGUACGCAUUGUGCAACAUUGUGUACUUUGACAUUGUAAACCAAAUGUUAAUCUCCAGUUUCUACUUAUUAACUCUCUUUAACUAUGUGGUUUCACAAGGGUAUCUUGUAUCGUUGAAGAAUUCCAAGACUAUGGAACACUUUAGGGAGACUGAUCUACAGUAUCCAGAAGACCAGCGAGCACUUCCAUUCAUUGAGCGGCUGUUCAAGAUUGGAAAUUUUUUAGCUUUUUCUGGUCAAUUUCCGCUUUUAGUCUUGCAACGGCUCAAGAAGUGUCCGGUUGUGGCGGAAAUAACCCCAGAUUUGCAAGUUCAGGCGUUUGAAAUCAUGGGACAAAAAGGAGCACCUCGGCACUUGGCGAAACUUUCGCACGUUAAAUUGGAGGAGUCUGAUUUCAGCUACUACUACGAUGACGAAGCCAAUGGAGACGGAGUCAAGGCGUAUGUGAUUGACUCGGGUGUAAACAUUGAGCAUCCUGAGCUCGAGGGUAGAGCCAUAAGAGGAACAAAUUUGGUAAGCGAAGAGAGCGGAGACCAGAAUGGACAUGGAACUCAUGUGGCAGGUAUCAUAGGUUCCAGGACUUAUGGAGUGGCCAAAGGAGCCACAAUUGUAGAGGUGAAAGCUCUCGAUAAGUUUGGGGCAGGAAGUCUCAGUAAUAUUCUUGCGUCGUUAGAAUUCGUCGCCCUGGACCAGAAAAAUGAUUCGCUUUCUGUCGUCAAUUUGUCUCUCGGAGCGAUGCGUAAUUCUGUCCUCAAUGACGCCAUUUCAGCACUAGUAGACAUGGAAGUUCUUGUGGUGGCAGCAGCUGGAAACUCAAAUAUAAACGCUUGCAAUAUGAGUCCCGCUAGUUGUCGAGAUGCGAUAACCGUUGGGGCCAUAAAUGAUACCUCCGGGACCAUGGCAGAAUUUUCCAAUUGGGGUCCAUGUGUGGACAUUUUCGCCAGCGGAACCAACGUGCAAAGCUUGAGUGCUUCAGACUUCACCGUUUCUCAGACUCUUUCUGGCUCAUCCAUGGCGGCUCCUAUCAUCACUGGUCUCAUUGCCAAUCUACUUAGCGAAGGUGUAGAGACAUCUGAGAUCAAGGACCGGCUACUUUCUGACUCCUUACACAACGGAAUGCCCCGAAGAAGUCUUUUUUUCAAAGGAAGAACUCCAAAUAGAAUUGCAAUGGGGAUUCAGAUGCAAGAUUAG